GUGCGCGCUCAUGGUUGUGCUCACGCAGGAUUCGCCAGCUGAACUACAAACAUGGCUCGAAAUGCAGAGAAGGCCAUGACCGCCUUGGCCAGGUUUCGUCAAGCCCAGCUUGAGGAAGGAAAGGUUAAGGAAAGAAGACCAUUUCUCGCUUCUGAAUGUAAUGAGUUACCCAAAGCUGAGAAGUGGAGAAGACAGAUCAUCAGUGAGAUUUCAAAGAAGGUAGCUCAGAUUCAAAACGCUGGUUUAGGUGAAUUUAAGAUCCGCGAUUUGAAUGAUGAAAUCAACAAGCUGCUUCGAGAGAAAGGACACUGGGAAGUCCGAAUUAAGGAACUUGGAGGGCCUGACUAUAGGCGAGUGGGGCCAAAGAUGCUGGACCAUGAGGGUAAAGAGGUACCGGGUAAUCGAGGAUACAAGUAUUUUGGUGCAGCAAAAGACUUACCUGGAGUCAGAGAGCUGUUUGAAAAAGAGCCCGUACCAACCCCCAGGAGAACACGUGCUGAGCUGAUGAAAGACAUAGACGCGGAGUAUUACGGCUAUAGAGAUGAGGAUGAUGGAGCUUUAGUACCUUUAGAACAGGAAUAUGAGAAACAAGUAAUAGCAGAGGCAGUUGAGAAAUGGAGAGCAGAGAAAGAGGCUCGAUUAGCUGGUGGAGGAGGCAUGAAAGAUACUGAAGAAGAGGAGGAAUAUAUUUAUGCUGUCAUUGAUGAUGAGCAAUCUGAUGAGGAAACAAGAGAAAAGAUGGAGGGAGAAGAUGGUGCACAAACAUUUAUUGCUCAUGUUCCUGUCCCCUCACAGAAAGAGAUUGAAGAAGCCCUGGUGAGACGGAAGAAGAUGGAACUGCUGCAGAAGUACGCCAGUGAGAGUUUGAUGGCGCAAAGUGAAGAGGCCAAAACAUUACUUGGUUUAUAAUGGGCUCAAUAGUGCGAAAUAUAUUGAGCAGUCAUAUAUCUGUGUUUCAGUUGAGAGUCCAGAACUAUGUAAUUUCAGAUCGGUUCACCGAACAUGCUAAUAUGUUAAUUUGUUCACUUACAUCUUGUCGCUGAUGCUUAUGGGAGAAACUCCUUUGAUUUGAAACUCCUCUCUGAUUUCUGAACUCCUAUUUGAUCACGCCAGUUCAGAUGGAACUGAAUUGAGUCAAUGGUGUUCGCGCCCACUCAGCCAAUGACAUUGAGUGUGCAGCGCUCAGCUCUCUAUAUAAGCUGACGGCAUAAUGCCAUCAGUCAGAAUUUAUCUCCUUCACUCUGGAUUUCACCAUCGAAUCUCACUUUCCUGCAGUGGAUGGUGCUUCCCUUCCUGAAGACGACCGCUCCCAUGCCGUGCUCCGGUGAUCUAAAAGAGUUAAAUAAUUUCCACACUUGCGUUGACUGGACUGUCUUUUUCAAGAUGCCAUCAUGUAAGUGCAGAUGUGAAAAACCUGUUCCCAUGUCUGACAGCCACAAGAGCUUUGUGUUCUGUCUGUGCCGUGCCCACGCAGAAGCAGCUCUGGUCGAGGCUGAAUGCCCACACUGCGAGGCAAUGUGCAUCAAACCGCUCCGCGCUUGGAUAGCGCUGUUGAAGCGCUUUGACCCUCUCGCUCCGUUGCCUCCCUAUCCCUCGAGGACCUGGGGAACAACGAUGUUCAAGGCGAGGGUAUGGAGCAAACGGAUUGUGAGGCUGUACCACCGGCUCACGUCCCGUAUGCACCCACACCCCCAUGCUCUUAUUUCCUCGUCCUGUUCACUAAGAGUCUUUCCCCACCUGAUGGUGCUUCCUCUCUUGUGCAGUUUGGUAGCGGUGAUUAUGGAGAAGAAUAGGAGGCUAGCGUUCCCCCGUUGAACAGGCGAUAGAAGCCCACUAAUGUCCCUCGACUCAAACUGGCCUGAGAUCCUGCCCAAUGCUCCCAUCUAAGCCAUGCCGGCUUACUUUGACACUAGUGCCAAAUAAUACAGCUGGGCAAGCUGGUGCUGCCUUGCACACGAUGGCAGUGCUCCAGGUCUACCAGGAAAAAUAAAUUGAAUAAAAAUAGAUCCGAACCUGACCCGACCUUAUCGAGACCGAUUUGACGCUAAUAACAACAAAGGCCACCGCCGGAGUGAUUGGGCUCUCCAUGGGAAAUCUUGUCAUCCUAAACAGUCACCUAAACGAGGCAGUACCACUGCUCAGCCCAGUCGCUCAUGCUCCACUUCAGCACAGUGCCUCCCAAAUUGGCACCACUCUACUCCACACUCGCAAAAAGAGCUAUGUUCCUCUUCACGCACCCACUCACAUCCCACAAACCGUCAGCUCCACCCUUGAUCUGGGCGCUAUGUUAAGCUCUUUGGUGAUCUCGCUAUCCCCGCUGUCCGAGCGAAUAAAAUCUUGGUAACCCCUUCCCGGCAUAUCAUAUUGGGUGUUAACAACUCUAAAGCACGGUUGCACGUUUCAGUUUACGAGACGGCCGCCGCACUUCAAUCACCGUUAUUUUCUUGUCCUGAAGAAAGACAGAUUGUUGCGUCCAAUUCUGGCCUAAGGCUUCUUAAUCAUCCACUGUCAACGCACCCGUUCAAAAUGUUGACACAAAGCAGAUCAUAGCACACAUCUGUCAGAACAACUGGUUUGUCUCAAUAGAUCUGAAAGAUGCCUAUUUUCAUAUCCUGAUCAUUCCUCAUCACGGACGCUUCUUGAGAUUCGCAUAUCAAUUUACAGUCCUGCUGUUCAGCACUUGGCCUAGGGGUCAAUGUAAAGAAGUGCUCAUUAAUUCCCAGUCAGGAAAUAUCCUUCCUGUGGUUGCGUUUGAACUCUGUAACAAUGCGUGCUUCGCUCUCGGCCAAGAUAAUACACUCGAUUUUCACAUAUUCACAUUGGAUUUUCGACGCUAUAACACUGCCGUACAAAUCUCAGGGAACCCAAUGCACUAUUGGCAUUAAGGUCCACUCAAUGAGAGGCCUCUUGUGCAUGGGGAAAAUGGUGUGUCCAUACAAGAAAUCUGCCUGGUGGCAGGUUGGGCUUCGCCAGCACUUUUGCAUGAUUUUUCAACCUUGACGUGCAUUUGGUGGCUUCACAGAUAUUGUCUGUGCAGCAGCAUUAAUUCAUUGUGUUCUGUGGUCCACUUCAAGAACUCAAUGAAUUCAUUUCGCUCCCGGACCUCUCCUAUGUCCACUUACUGUUUUCUAUUCAACAAUACAAUACUCGGCCCUUCAUGUUAAGCGUCGCCAUACUUCGUUUAUACUCCCUAAUUACACUACAUGCAAUAUCUCUUAUGUCUCAGCUGUGCUUUAGACAUUUGAAUGUAAAGCGGUGCCACACUUGGUCCAUACCGCUUGAAUAUAUAUGUACACAAAUGCUUAAAUAUACUUGUGUCUCGGUCAUGCCUUAGACACUCAUUCUCUGGUUAAAAUAUAGUUAUGCACUGUGUUUUCCUUAGUGGAACUCUGCCUUUGGCAUAGUCCAGUAGUGAAAAAGUUAGCAAUGUCCAGACUCAGCUCAGACUGUACUGGACUGAGCGAUGUGGAUGUGCUUGUUACCUCGCCGCCUCAGAACUGUCAGGGUGAGGUUGAUUUCUUAUACACUUCCUAUAAGUUAAGUGUUGUAUCUGUACAACUCAAUUUCAUGUCCUGCCCCUUCUAUACACUCUGGGUCGUUACAACAAGAUUCAUUCUUGAGUGUUAUGUGUUAUGUUAUGUGUCCUUUGUCCAGUAACGUGGCAUGGACGUACUCAUUCCCAUAAGCGUCAGUAACGCAAUUUAAGUGACCGAAAUCAAAAGGGAAUGUCUCCGUUUACGUAUGUAAUCACAGUUCUGACUGGAGUUUUGCCACCCACUUAUAUAGAGAGCUGAGCGCUGCAUGCUCAAUGUCAUUGGCUGAAGCGGGCGCGAAUGCCAUUGGCUCAAUUCAGUUGCAUCUGAAUUGCCGUGAUCCUAUAGGAGUUUAGAUGUCUCAUUCCCUAAAUCUCAGGGAACCACGGUUACAUAUGUAACCAGAGACGUUUUUGAUGUGGUUGAAGAUGCUCAAAUAUUUUAUUUUAUAAACUUCUGGUGAAGUGAUAAUGUGGAGCUCAAGCACAAAAUAGCUGAAAAUAUUGGAAGUGCUUAAUUUUACAAGGCCACUGUGAUUCAUAUUAGCUGCAUGGAUAACAUUAUAUUAUUGUAACUUAAAGAUGUUAAAGUUCACACAUCAGCUUAUGUUAAUGCACAUCUGUUAUGAUAUUACAAACCAAAACAAUGUUGUUAUUUCUGGAUUUAAUAACUGUCUUAUGCUGAUCAUGUAAAAUUAUGUAGUGCAGUAAACGAACAUUCCAGGCUCAAUGAAUGGCAUUUGUGGCAUGAUGUUGAUUACCACAAAAAUUUAUUUAGAAAAAGUCCCACCUUCUCUUUAAAAAAAAGCUCAAAUCUGGGUUACAGGAAGGCACUUACAAUGGAAGUGGAUUGGGCCAAUCCAUUAACGUUAAAAUCCGUAAAAAAAUAAUAUGAUAAUAAAAAACAACUACAUUACAGCUUUAAACAACAUUACAGCUCAAAUAAAACACGUGUUUUAACCAAAUUAAAGUGCUUUUAUAAAGCUUUAAAUUUCUGACUUUAAACCCUCUAAAAUUGGUCCCAUUCACUUCCAUUGAAAUGUAAAUGGAAGAAUGGGUUUCAGUGUUUAUUCAUAUGAGCAGUACACAAAACUCUGUAUAUACUAUGUUUACCUUCCCUUGUAAAAAAAAAAAACAACAAUGUUUACUCCAAGUAUACUUGCAUAUUUAAUUAAAACUCUUGAGUAAACGUGUUAGAAAAAACAUGUUUGAUAUUUUUUUUUUGUUAAAUAACAAAAAGGAUGCAGUAAAAAUGUGUGUUAUUCCACCAAAUAUUGAUUUGUGAACUCUUCGUAAUUUAAAACAUUAGGAGAGAGAGUGAGAGAGAGAGAGUGUAGCAGUUAGCGCGCUACGAACCUGGCGACCUGAGUUUGUGUACCGUUCCGGCCUUCAUAGGUGCUCGCUAACAGCACUUGCCCCUACAAUCUGUUAAGGCUAUAACCAUGACAGAACAAGAAAAAAUUAACAUAAUACUUGGAGAGGGACACACAGCAGCACUGGCUGCAAGAUACGUUUUAACGUGUCACAGCCUGA